UGCUCAGUCUCUCAAUAGUUGGUAGGUCGGGUUGGGGGGCGGAGGAGAGAGCUCGGCGCGACUCCCUUCCCUUCAGAAGCAACCAACCUGUUGCUGCCUCCUUCCCUCACCCCUUUUUGUCCGACCACUGGCUAGUAACCUUAGCCCACCAUCAUAAGAAGAGACGAUCGAUCCAUCGUGCUAUACCGUGAUUGUUGGAGUUCUCGUCCUAUUUUUUCGAUCCUUCUCUAACUGCAAGAGUUGGAGCUCAAUUGCCACGCUCUGAAAGCAUGGAAGCAGUGAAUUCUGCGGUUGCGCAGACCAAGCUCCUUCAUUUAAGGGGUCGAAACAAUAAUGGCUCUCUCGGUUUGUAAGGGAUGCUCCCCAUUUUCUUGGUUGCUUUUGAUAAAUGAACCUAAUAUUGAGAUCGACUUGUGGGUUUAUAUCUAAGUAAACCGUUCGUCUUUCCUAUAUAAAAAGAUAAACAGAGAGCUUAUUGCCAAUUCAAUUUCAGGUCAAUGCGCAGGCGAAGUACAUAUGUCUGCUGUAUAAAAUUUACCUUCCAUUCAUCAGAUAAUGGUCUUCAGGAAACUGAUAAGUCUCUGGAGUUACCAUCAUUUUCCUGUCUUUCGUCUGAUGUUGGCAAAAUGAAAUUUGCUAAACAAACACAUAUGCUGGUCAAGAAGUAUAACCAAUCCAGGAGAACAAAUUAUUCUGCUGAAGCAUGUACAUAUGAUGGUAAAGUUCUCAGUAAUGCUUCAAGUGCCGCACAAGAAAGGGUUGGGGUGCUGCUGUUGAAUCUUGGAGGUCCAGAGACCCUUAACGAUGUUCAACCAUUCCUUUUCAAUUUAUUUGCUGAUCCGGUUUGCAAUUGGUGGUGGAUCACCAUUCUGGUUUCUCCAGCGACCACUGGCCCAAGUAAGGAGGGUUAUGCUGCCAUUGGUGGUGGAUCACCAUUACGGAGAAUUACUGAUGAUCAGGCGUGAGCAUUGAAACUGGCCCUUGAAGACAAGGAUCUGCAAGCUGAUGUAUAUGUUGGUAUGCGAUAUUGGCACCCUUUCACAGAGGAUGCUCUUCAUCAGGGAAGAUGUUUAUUUUACAAGAUUGCCAAUUUCUAUCAUCGAAUCAUGGUAUCAACGUGAAGGGUAUAUUAACUCAAUGGUUGACUUGAUAGAAAAUGAGCUAUUAAUUUUCUCUAAGCCAGAGGAGGUCAUGGUAUUCUUUAGCGCACAUGGAGUUCCACUUAGUUAUGUCGAGGAUGCAGGAGAUCCAUACAGAGAUCAGAUGGAAGAGUGUAUCGCUUUGAUCAUGGAUGAGUUGAAAUCUAGAGGAAUUCACAAUCACCACAUUCUGGCUUAUCAGAGCCGAGUUGGGCCUGUUCAAUGGUUGAAGCCUUAUACUGACGAAGUAAUUGUUGAGCUUGGCCGGAGAGGUAUAAGGAGCCUUCUGGCUGUUCCUGUCAGGAUCCAAUCAGCAGUGAUUCGCAUUGGGAAGGAAUCAUAAAAUGGAAUAUACUUGGACAUUUUGUGUUUUCACAGUGAUUACGAUUCUGAUAUUUCUGUGCUGUCAUUUCUUUUACCAAUCAGCAGUGAGUGAGCAUAUUGAAACUCUAGAAGAGAUUGAUAUGGAGUACAAGCACUUGGCUCUGCAAUCAGGCAUUGAGAAUUGGGGCAGGGUGCCAGCUCUGGGCUGCACCUCAUCCUUCAUCUCAGAUCUAGCGGAUGCUGUGAUCGAAGCCCUCCCUUGUGCUUCUAGACCAAGUACAAGGAGCGCGCCCAGUCAAUGUGAGACCGAGACAGAACCUGUGAUCAACCUGUUUUUUGGAUCCAUCUUUGCAUUUGUGCUGUUGCUGUCGCGUAGAGUGAUUUCUGCGUUCAGGAAUUUCCUCUUCUGACGUGUUUACUCGAGACAUGAUUCUUCUGAUGAACCGCAUGUCUUUCUGAUAACCAAAGUCCAAGAAGCAAACUUUUAGGAUGAAUUCGCUUGCAUUGGGGAGGGAGCGGUACAAACGGUCUUCUCGGUUGGUUACAAACGGGCCAUACAUACCAUUGCGACCAUUUCAGUGUAUUAUUAGCUGGGAAAAAUAAAAAUAAAAAUUCUUCUACUGGAUAUUUCAACCA